AUGUUUAAUGCCGGAAACAAGGUACGUAAUUUAGAUUUCCUUGAUUCAUAUGCUGAUAUUAAUGAAUUUAAUGAUGAUUCCUUUGAUGUGGACACAGACAGUGACACCGAUCUCCUCGAAGUUAAUAACGAAGCUUUUGAUAAUAACCUUCUUAAGUUGCAUAUUGAUAGUGAUACUGACCACAUCGGCCAUUUUGCCAAAGAUUUCGAUAAUAAUUCUUAUGAUGUGCACAAUAUCAGCGAUGAAAAGCAAUUUAAUUACCUCCAACAGGAAACAGAAAAGGAUUUCGAUUUUCCAAAACCUGAUAACUCAGGUAAUCAAAUGGGCACGAGUAGCAGUAUAACCAUCUUGAACCAGGAAGAAUUCAGUUUGAAUGCCUCUAUUGAAUCAUUGGAUGCUGAAUGCAUUGUAUCACAUAACGAUCUCGGAGCACAAAGAGACAUAGAUUCUGGUAAUCUCCUUAACACAAAUAAUGAACCAAAAAUGAAUGGCAAACUGGAUCAAGUAGACAGAACAGAACUGAAACCAACUGAAGUUUCUGAAGAACAGCUCAGCUGGAUGUGCAAGACUGUGGUUUCGAUUAAGAUGUAUGCUGCGCUUUCGAGUAUUAAUUGGAUGUUCGUUGAAGGUAUGCUUCUUCAUAGCAGGAUUACAACAAAUAUUUUCCAAAAGGAUGCUCCUUUCAAACUCUACUAUGUCAUUGGAUGGGGUAUUCCGUUGUUGUUGAUCAUCAGCUGGUGCUGUACUAUGUCUUCUAAGCUAACCACAGACUGCUGGGAAGGCUAUGGAAAAUCUCCUUAUGUAUGGAUCAUUACCGGCCCUAUGAUAGGAGCACUAGGAAUUAAUUUGAUAUUCUUGGUGAACAUUGUGCGCAUUCUUGUCACAAAAAUGAAAACCAGUUCUACAUUUGAAAUUGUUCAAGUAAGACGAGCAAUGAAAGCCACGGCUCUAUUAUUUCCUCUUCUCGGUAUCACUCAUUUACUGUUCUGUGUCAAUCCCAGAGACGACAGUAAGCUGGAAGAAGCCUAUAUGAUUACAAACGCCGUUCUUCAGUCUUCGCAGGGAAUUUUUGUCUCUAUUCUGUACUGCUUCAUGAAUGUAGAGGUGCAAACGGUUCUACGUAAGGCGUACGUCAGAGCCGCCCUGCGUCGCAACCCUAACCACCGGUACACGUGGAAGUGCCGCACCACCAGAGCAUCCCAAACAAGCACUUACGUUUCCAACUUCGACAAUUCUGUCACGGAAUCAGCAUUAGUGCGAUCCGGAACAAGUAUCAGGGCCGUCUGCAUGAAAGACUUGCGAAGACCUGAAAGAUGUGGGCACCAGAAAUGCGGAGUGGGACGAAGGUGCGAUCACAAUUGUAUGAAUGUUAGUGAUGUAUAAACAAGAAUUCAAGAAAAGAUGUCAUAUUAUGUGCUUUCUUCUAACAUUAUACUGUUUCCAGUUGUUCACUUAAUAGAUGUAUCAUCUUCACAUAAAAAAUAUGUAUGUGAAAUAUUUAUUAAAGUGUAUUAAUAC